ACGAAACGUCAAUGAAUGUCAAAAAUCGCCGGUUCUGUUUACGUGUUGACAUUUCCCACGACUGAUUAAAAUUUCAAUUUACAGUAAAACCAACGAAUAUUUAUCGCAGUUCCGAUGAAAAGUUAACGCCGGACUUUAGACUAGUCACCAAUCACCAAUAAAAUGGUUUUUAUGCGGCUAUAUUUAAGUAGGAAAUCACGGACGAUUCGACUAGCUUGCGGCGUUUUAAUCCUCUUUGUUAUCCUCUACUUGUUAGCUUCGUAUCAACGGCCAGACGGCUUCGAUUUGGAGUCGCCCAUUGCGGCUCGUUUAUCGCACAAGGAGCGCCCCAAACUAGUCUCCGACUUGGGCAACUUUGAGCCCCGGGACUCCCAAGAGCACGAGGGGCCCGGCGAAGGGGGCAAACCCCACCACUUGCGCCAAGACCAGCAAAACGACGCCGAUCAGUCCGAGUCCGAAUAUGGCAUGAACGUUGCUUGUUCCGACGAAAUCUCCCUAGACCGUACAAUCCUGGACACGAGAUUGUCCGAAUGCAAGCACUGGAACUACCCUGAGAACCUCCCCUCGACUUCCGUGAUCAUAGUUUUCCACAAUGAGGGCUGGUCUGUUCUCCUCCGAACAGUCCACUCGGUCAUCAACCGCUCGCCGCCCAAAAUCCUCAAAGAGGUGCUUCUUGUCGACGACUUCAGCGACAAGGAGAACCUCAAAACGCGCCUCGAGACCUACAUUGAGCGCUUCAAUGGUAAAGUUCGCUUGAUCCGGAACGCUCAACGUGAAGGCCUCAUCCGCACACGCUCACGGGGGGCCAAGGAAGCCACGGGGGAAGUUAUCGUGUUUUUGGACGCGCAUUGCGAGGUUAACACUAACUGGCUUCCGCCGCUCCUUGCCCCCAUUUACCGUGACCGGAGCGUUAUGACAGUCCCGGUUAUUGACGGGAUUGAUCAUAAAACUUUCGAGUAUCGGCCGGUUUAUGGCGAGGAUCGACAUUUUCGGGGCAUUUUUGAAUGGGGGAUGCUGUACAAGGAGAAUGAAGUGCCUCAGAAAGAGCUCAACACGCGUAAACAUAACAGCGAACCGUACAAAAGUCCAACACAUGCCGGGGGGUUGUUUGCCAUCAACAGGGAGUAUUUCCUAGAGUUGGGGGCAUAUGACCCUGGUUUGUUGGUUUGGGGUGGGGAGAAUUUCGAAUUAAGUUUUAAGAUAUGGCAAUGUGGGGGGAGUAUCGAGUGGGUACCAUGUUCCCGAGUUGGCCAUGUGUAUCGCAGCUUCAUGCCUUAUAACUUCGGUAAGUUGGCUCAGAAGAAAAAGGGACCCUUGAUUACGAUAAACUACAAGCGAGUGAUUGAAACGUGGUUUGAUGAUAAGUACAAGGAGUUUUUCUAUACGCGCGAACCAAUGGCUCGGUUCCUCGAUAUGGGGGAUAUUAGUGAACAGUUAGCACUAAAGAAACGGCUCAACUGUAAAAGCUUUGAAUGGUUUAUGGAAAAUGUAGCCUACGAUGUUUUGGAUAAGUAUCCAGAGUUGCCGCCUAAUAUCCACUUCGGGGAGCUUCGCUCUGUAGCUGUUAGCAAGUGUUUGGAUACUUUAGGCCAUGGGCCUCCGUCCCUCAUGGCCAUACAACACUGCCAUGGUUAUGGUAACAAUCAACUGAUCAGGUUAAAUGCUAAAGGUCAGUUGGGUGUGGGCGAAAGGUGUAUAGAAGCCGAUGCCCAAGGGAUCAAACUGGCAUUUUGUCGCAUGGGUACAGUCGAUGGGCCAUGGUUGUAUGACGAAAACACCCAUACGAUACUGCAUAGGGUACAUAAGAAAUGUAUAGCUUUACAUCCACAGACAUCACAUCUUUCGUUAAUGCCGUGUGAUAUUAAUAAUGCCUACCAACAAUGGAUUUUUAAGGAGAUUCGACCCAAGUGGUAACAACUUCCAGAUUUUUUACUUUAUUUUUUACAUAUCGAUUCAUCUGCAAUAAGUACUUACGUUUUUGAUCAAUCAUACUGUGCCUUAUAUCACUAGGACGUGUAAAUAGUUUUGUAAGAAUGUUUUAUAAAUCGGGACUGGUUGA